UUUGCACUCUCCUCUAGCGGCCGCCUGUCCUUUUUAAGGAACUCCACCCUAGGUGGAGUCCUCACGAUAGUCACACCUCUUUUUUGGGCCUAGCAGGGCCAGAGAAAGACGGAAUCACUCCACCCACUCAGGUUGCCCAGAGAGCACUUUAGGUUCUCACCCGCGUGGGGGGGCGAGGUCCCCAGUGGGGCAGCUAGGUGCCUCUAAGAAACCCCGCCCCGGAGGACCCGCACGAGUUGCUGCCAUUUUUCGCUGAAGCCCCUGCCCUGGGGCUGGUGUUCUUCUCUAUGAUUCUACCAAUCAUCGGCAUUUUUCUCCUCCCUUCUUUCUUUUUAGGAAGGCGCUGGGGUGUGCGGCGGCAACGGCGGCGGUGAAGGGAUCCUCUUGUGGUAUAUCCUCGUGGGUUCCUGUCUUGAAGGAUUUCUUCUCCGCCUCAACUUUGUAUUCAACCCGAAGAAAAAGGGGAGUGGGGGGCCAAGAACGAGCAGACGAGAGCGCGUCGCCCUGCGCGUUGUCAGAAUGGGGCGGGUGUGAGGGGAACUGCUCUCUUGCCAUCAGCUCAGGAGUAUGAGCUUCCCGGAGGACGGCAUGAGUUCUGGACACUUCAGGAGUCCUCAGCUAGUGACAUGGUCGAUAUGGAUCAACUCAUAAACAACUUGGAGGUCCAACUUAAUUCAGAAGGUGGCUCAAUGCAGGUAUUCAAGCAGGGCACUGGUUCUGUUCGGAACAGAGAUCCCCCUGAGAUAGAAGACAGAAGUAAUAUGACUUCUCCACCACUCCUGGAUGCCAACCCGAUGGAGAACCAAGCACUGUUUAAUGACAUCAAGAUUGAGCCCCCAGAAGAACUUUUGGCUAGUGAUUUCAGCCUGCCCCAAGUGGAACCAGUUGACCUCUCUUUUCACAAGCCCAAGGCUCCUCUUCAGCCUGCUAGCAUGCUACAAGCUCCAAUAGGUCCUCCCAAGCCACACUCUGCUCCCCAGACCCUUGUGGUGUCCACGUCAACAUCUGACAUGAGCACUGCGGCAAACAUUCCUACUGUUCUGACCCCAGGCUCUGUCCUGACCUCUCAGAGCUCUGGUGGUCAGCAGAUCUUACAUGUCAUUCACACCAUCCCCUCAGUCAGUCUGCCAAAUAAGAUGGGUGGCCUGAAGACCAUCCCAGUGGUAGUGCAGUCUCUGCCCAUGGUAUAUACUACUUUGCCUGCAGAUGGGGGUCCUGCAGCCAUUACAGUCCCACUCAUUGGAGGAGAUGGUAAAAAUGCUGGAUCAGUGAAAGUUGACCCCACUUCCAUGUCUCCACUGGAGAUUCCAAGUGACAGUGAAGAGAGUGCAAUUGAGAGUGGAUCUUCAGCCUUACAGAGUCUGCAGGGACUACAGCAAGAACCAUCAGCAAUGGCCCAAAUGCAAGGAGAAGAGUCGCUUGACUUGAAGAGAAGACGGAUUCACCAAUGUGACUUUGCAGGAUGCAGCAAAGUGUACACCAAAAGCUCUCACCUGAAAGCUCACCGCAGAAUCCAUACAGGAGAGAAGCCUUAUAAGUGCACCUGGGAUGGCUGCUCCUGGAAAUUUGCUCGCUCCGAUGAGCUCACUCGCCAUUUCCGCAAGCACACAGGCAUCAAGCCUUUCCGGUGCACAGACUGCAACCGCAGCUUUUCUCGUUCUGACCACCUGUCUCUGCAUCGCCGUCGCCAUGACACCAUGUGAGCUGCACAAGUCGCGCUAGAGAAGCUGUGCUCAUAUCUUUCCUGUUUGUUUGCUGAGGUCAGGACAGUUUUUUCCUCUUUGACUUCAGCUUGCAUCUGAAAUGGAGUUGAAGCAGCCCACUGAGCCAAGUUGAGGAGACUGGAGGGAAAGAUAGCUGGUCUCCCGUGGGGUUCUUCAUAUUCCACCUUCACCUCUCCAUUGUCCAGACCCAUUUUUGUCAACCUCCAUAUGGGUUGAAUUCCAGUGUGGCACCCAUGGAUGCCUCCCAUACCCCCUGCUCUGAAAUAGGACAUUUUUCCUACAGUAACAAAACAGGAAUCAAACUCAAGGCUGUGAACAAACAUACGCUGCUUUUUUCUUUCCUAUUUUUCUCUUGUUUUCUAGAACUCUUAUCCAUAUGUUUUUUAAAUAAGUACCUAAAGGUGGUUUGAUAGUGUCCUAAAUGACUUUUUUAAGUUCCUAGAUGGAAAGACCAUAACAGUGUAGUUGAGUGGUAAGAUUUACAGGGAUUCGGUUUCUGAGUAUGAGGCACAUUUCCAGUGAAUAAGCUGAGUCCCAUACCAAACUCAAAAGGUUUUAAUAAAUCUAAUCCUAUUUCCUCUUAAAGUUUGGUUUUCAGAUGGUGCUGGUGCUUUUGCUUCUUAAGUUCAUCAAGGGAAUGAGGAGUUCUUUUCCUUCUCCUCCUCCUCCUCUUCUCUUUCACUUUCUCCUUCAGGAUUAAGAUUUUGCUGCACAAUGAUUAUUUGUUAGGUUAAAUUUGGACAGAUAUUCAAAGCACAUGUAGACAUGUCAGUAAGGAAAAAAUGUUCCAGGAGAGUAGGUUGGGCCGUGACAGGAACAAACAGACCUAGGAUGAUCCUGAGAACAAAUAGAGGGGUACAUUUAUUUGGACAGGAUAUCUAAAGUGCUGUUAAUCACAAACCUCAUUCAAAUGGCAGGCUGUUGAGACAGUGUCUUGAGGGACUGGCUGUGCUGCUUAUUUUUUCAUUUACACAAACAAUUGAGUAUAUUACAUGAUGAGAAAUCACACACUAGGGGCGUGUCAUACAGAAGUGAGGGGUUGGAAGAACAGAGUGUUGUUCACUCUACAGAAUUAUUGGCAUUCAUUCCUGUUUCAAAUGAAUCAUAAGAUGCUUUUCAUGGAAACUGACGUACAAAAAGCAAUUUCAUGUUCUGCAACUGCUAUGAAAACCUAAGCCAUUUAUUUUAGCUAUUACAGCAGGUUGCAUAAUAUACUCAUUUGGCUGCCCAAUCAGAUUGUUUUAUAAUAUGAUAUGGGGUAUAAAAUCCUCUGUUCCUGGCCCUGGACCACAGAUCUACCUCCAUAUGGAAUAUUUCCUCCCCUGGGAGGGGGCUUACAUCACUUGAAUUUGGACUCAGCCUCUCUUUUAAAGAUUGUCUUUAUAUUGAACACGUUUUUCUUUUCAACCCUGCUUGAAUACUUUAGGUUACUAUUUCCUGAGGCUGUCCAUUCUCACUAAAUUGUAGAAUUCUAGCACCAAGAAGGGAUCCCAUUAACCAUCUAGUCCUAUUCAUCCCUUAUAUUUUACAGAUGAGACAAAUACGGGUCAGAUUUGUUCUCCAGAUGUUUCUUUGAGGCCUUAUACACCUGCAUGCUCAUUCUCCUAGGGAUCACAUAAUUUUAUUUAUUUAUUUUUUGAGACAUAGUUUCAUUCUGUCAACCCAGGCUGGAGUGCAGUGGAGUGAUCUCGGCUCACUGCAACCUCCACCUCCUGGGUUCAAGUGGUUCUCCUGCCUUAGCCUCCUGAAUAGCUAGGAUUACAGGUGUGUGCCACCACACCUGACCAAGUUUUGCAAUUAGUAGAGGUGGGGUUUCGCCGUGUUGGCCAGGCUGGUCUCAAACUCCUGACCUCAAGUGAUCUGCCUGCCUUGGCCUCCCAAAGUGCUGGGAUUACAGGCAUGAGCCACCACAUCUGGCCAGGAUCACAUUAUGAAACCAAAUUAAAGUUUAUAUGAUUGGUGGCAAUAUUUGUCUAAUUUUAUAUGUUAUUCUUCAGAAAAACUUUAGACCUCAAAAAUCAUCUACAGCUGAUUAAAUAGCAAGUAAAAUGUACUUGUGGUCAUUGCCAGAUAACAUUAAACACACACUUCUAACACUUCUAUAAUAUCUAGAUUUUAUUUACCUCAUUUUAACUUGCAGUGUCUAUCUAUAUCAUAAACUCUCUGUGAAUCCAACAUUUUUCAAAAUGACAUGUGGGUUUUUACUGUUAUCAUUGUUAUCAAUCAGGGCUUUUUCCUAAUUUUGGGUAUACAAGUUCCAAACGUGUAUAAUUGGUAAAGCACUAGGAGAUCUUGAAGGCCAGUCUGUUACAGGGGACCUCUAAUGUAGCUGUAAGACAGAUUGGUAAAGGUGAAUUAACAUACAUUUAAGCUUAUGAUUAAUUGAUGCAGUAUUUCACAGUAGAGCCCAAGCUUACUCAUUCUCUUCAUAAUUUGGAUCCUGAUACUCCUUUUUCAGAGCUCAGAACUGAACUGCUCCCCUCAGACCUCAGAAUCUUUUGCCUUGAGAUAUAUGAUCUAUUUAUAAAUGAAGAUGAUCAAAUAUCCUGUUGAUCAAAUUAGAUUGAUCAAAUUAGUAUCCCAAAUAUUGGGGUCCCUGACAUCUGAGCCUUUAUUUAAAAAUGUUUCUGUAACAUAAUGAGAGACUUUAUGUUUGUUAAUUGUCUAUAGUAAAGAAAUUUUAACCCUAUUCUCAUUUCUCUCUCCGCUUCAAAAAAUGAUAAAAGCUUCCCAAUGCUUACAUAUGGUCUAAGAUGUGUGUCAAGAUUCAUUAACAGAAUUUUAUAGAGUACAGGAAUUCAAAUAUAGAACACUACUGAGUUAUUAUACCAAAAACACAUAAAACUUUGCUAGACAGACAGUGAGGUGGUGGAAAGGAACUAAAAUGUAUCUCUCUUGAAUAGCAUUUGGGGUUCAAUUGAAUUUGUUGUGUUUAUAACAGCAAAGCACCAGUAGCCUGGACAGUUGCUUAGGGCAUCAAUAGGAUUGGAUAAUAUUCUGGGAUUUGUUGCAGCAGAAUUCCUCUAUCUGAUGAUCAGCAGUUGAACAUAAUAAUUAUAAUAAAAUUUAGGAAAAACUGUGAAGAGUGUAAACUGGGUAGAUUAAAUUCGCAGAGUGCAUUAUGGGCAAGACAAAGAUUUUCAAUAUUAAAUUGUUUUAAAAUAAACUUUAUUUUUUAACAGUUUCAGAUUUACAGAAAAAUUGUGAACUAGUACAGAGAGGUCUCAUAUACCUUACAUUCAGUUUCCUCUGUUAUUAACAUCUUACAUUAGUGUGGUACAUUUGUUACAAUUAAUGAAACACGUUGAUGUGUUAAUAUUAUUAACUGAAGUCCAUAGUUUAUUCAGGUUUCUGUAGUUUUUACCUAAUAUUCUUUUUAAAGGAUAUUAGGUAAAAACACUGACUGGGCACGGUAGCUCAUGCCUGUAAUCCCAGCCGAGGUGGGUCAGGAAUUCGAGACCAGCCUGGCCAACAUGGUGUGAAACCUUGUCUCUAUUAAAAAUACAAAAAAUUAGCUGGACGUGGUGGCGGGUGCCUGUAAUCCCAGCUACUGGGGAAGCUGAGGUAGGAGAAUUGCUUGAACUUAGAAGGCGGCAGUUGCAGCGAGCCGAGAUCUCGCCACUGUGCUCCAGCCCAGGUGACAGAGCAACACUCCAUCUCAAAAAAAAAAAAAAAAGAAUUGUUUCAGCAUCUUGUUCAGGAUUCCACAUUACAUCUAGUAGUCAUAUCUCUUUAGGUUCCUUUUGAUCGUGACAGUUUCACAGACUUUCCUUGUUUUUAGUGACCUUGACAGUUUUGAGAAAUAUUUUCCUCAACUGGGAAUGUCAGUUGUCUUUCUCAUAAUUAGACUGGGGUUAUGAGUUUUUUGAGAGUAGGACCACAGAGAGGAAGUGCCAUUUUCAUCACAUCAUACAGGCAUACUUUGGAGAUGAUGCAGAUUUGGUUCCAGAUCACUGCAGUGAAGCAAAUAUUACAAUAAAGAAAGUCACACAAACUUUUUUGUUUCCCAGUGCAUAUAAAAUUUUAUGUCUAUACAAUCCUGUGGUCUGGUAAAUGUGCAAUAGCAUUAUGUCUUAGAAGCGAUGUACAUACCUUAUUUUAACAUACUUUCUUGCUAAAAUGUUACUGGCACGGACACAAAGUGAGCACAUGCUGUUGGAAAAAUGGUGCCAAAUAGAUUUGCUGGUCACAGGGUUGCCACAAACUUUUAAUUUGUAAAAAAAUGCAAUAUCAGCAAAGUGCAAUAAAGCAAAGCACAAUAAAACGAGGUAUGCCUGUAUUUACAUGACUUAUCACUGUUGUUAUCCUUGAUCACCUGGCUGAAAUAGUCUUUGUCAGGUUUCUCCCCUGUGCUCUUUUUUUCCCUCCCUUCCAUACUGUACAUUUUGAAAGGAAAUCACUAUGUGCAGCGCAUGCUUAAGGAAUGGUAAGUUAUAUGCCACAUCCUUGAGAGCAAGUAUCUUGUAUAAAUUAUUUGGAAUCAUUGUUUAAGGGAGAUUGUCUCUUCUCUCCCAUUUAUUUAUUUAUAUGAUACUUUAUUUAUAUCAGCAUGGACUCAUGGAUAUUUAUUUUAUAUUUUGAGUUAUAAUCUAUUACUACUAGGUUAUUUUGUUGCUUAAAUUGUUUCAGCUUUGGCAAUUGGGAGCUCUUUUGGGUGAUUCGCAGCUCCUUUUGAUAUACUCCCAUCAUUUUUUCCUAGCAUGUCCUUUCUGCCAUUGCAAGAUGUUCCAGGCUCAUCUUACAUCUUUUGUGGCCUACUCCUAUAAUCAGCCAUUUCUUCUAGGAGUCCUGGUUUCUUUUACUGGAUAAUUAUAUUAGAAACCAAUAUCUGGGCGUUAGGUAUCCUUGUUGCUACUGGGCUGUUGUUGCUUCUAGGCCAUCUCAGCUAACAGAGCAAGGAAACAUAUGUGUGUAUACUAUCCUAUGUAUAUGCGCAUGUCUAUAAAUAUUUCUAUAUGUAAUCAUCCAGAUUUUUAUUUAGCUAAACAUGAGUUCAUAUUGAUGUUUUCAACUCUAAUCUGUUACCACAUGAAUCAUUCUAGCUUCUUCCUCUUACUUAUCUGAAACCUCCCACACUAAUACUGAGAAACCUGGCUCUCAACCUCUGUCAUCUAUUUAUUUAAUUUUUCAACUUCAGUGUACAUAUAUAGCAGUAUCUGAAUUGUUAACCUGUAUACCCAUGGGAAGCAACUUUGAUCAACUACAGCACAGUGUGUAUGUACAUGAUAGUGAUAUCUUUAGAACUCCAACAGCUCUUUGAAACAAAGUGGUCUGCAAAAUUCUGGAAUUAGGGAUUUCUGUGAUCUGAGUUCCAAGAAUCUAAGGUCUGUACUGCUCCCGAAAAGUUUUCUUAUGAUCCAAACCAUCGAGAAUGUACCUAACCUUAAGUAAGCCAAAGGAACUUACUGAUGCUCCACAGCUUGCUAAUCCUUGUAUGAGGGAUGGACACAGAAGAAACUGGGUGGGCCAAAUUUAAAUAAACACACAGCACUAUCUUUUCUUACUGUUAAAUAUGGCUCUCUGACAACAGUGAUGUUACUCUGCGUCACCUCUCUUCUAUACUUUUACAAGUCUCACUUGGUUGACCUUAGGCAAGUCAGAUCACCUCUCUGUGCCUCAGUUAAUCCAUCUGCAAAAUGGGGAUCUCAAUAUCUACCUCACAGCAAUAUUGUGAGGUUUCUCAUAAAUUAUGUUGGCAAAAAUGAUGAGAGAUCUUUAAGUGAGCAACCAAGUAUUAUAACCAUUAUUAUGAUAGUUAUAAUACCUUAUAUUUUCCCAAUGUAAACGAGAAGAUUAGGCCUCGUAGGUGAUAAAGAGAUAAAUUAGAAUCAGUAAGAAGGAUCAUUGAAGAGUGGCCACUGGAAGCAAUAUUAUUUAUUCUCUUACUUUCACGUUCCCUACGUCUUUGUUACUAACAAUAGGGUUAUCAUCCAUUUCCAUACUUGAAAUGUAUUAGGACCUAAAGGAAGAGGUAGGCAAAAUUCAUUGUUUCAAAAGCUGUAUUCUUCCCCCUUUGUAACUCUGCUUGGACCACAUCACAUAUCACACUCUCAGAAGCACAAAGGCAAUUUUCCAGAGCCCUUUAAACGUUGGGCAGUUCAGUUUCACCACUUACAUUUCCUCUUUCCCGACUUACUGUACUCUGAAUAGUAUAGGUAGGAGGAGGGAAGUUGGGUAGGGUGGUUGAGGGUGGGAGUGGGUUGGAAGAGGAUGGGAUUUAUACCAGUGGCAGGAUAUUUCUUUGUUUUCCAAACACUGGUAUUACUCUCCAUUUCCUUUUCUGGUGUUGGGUUGGGGUCAGAGGAAGAGACAUUAUUUUGUUAACUUAAAAACUCUCCUUCCUUUCCUAGAGUCACUGUAAGUAGCUGUGUUGGACGUUACUUUGUAACUAUGUUGUAUGCAGUGCUGUUUUCAUUGUAUCACUGAAUUAAAAGGGGAAGAGAAUUCCUAAGGUGUCCAUCCCUGUUUUUUGACAGGAGGUCACAGCAGGAGAGCAGUGCCAGAAACUGGUUCUCUUUUUUGUGUUGGGGCAAGGAGCCUGCAGUGAAAGGAUUAAUUGGAUUUUUUGUCAUUGUUAGUUUGUUUAAAGAAAUUAUAAAACAGUAUAUUAAGCUUGAGUCUCUAUAACUCUUAUGUUUGUGCCUCAUUAUUUUAGUGCUUUAGAGCAACACCUUGUUUUUCCUCUAUUUUAUACUAGUUCUUGCUCCAGAGGCAUGGCUUUGAGGCUAGGAUCGUGAGCAAUCUCUCAUAAACAAGUCUGUUAUGCACCUGGAGAUACUCAAGAUCUCAAGAUUUGCCUCUGUUAGCAUGGCCACUUAGAGAUUACUCUGUUCUACUUCAGAGACUCUCCCAUUAUGGCAUCCAUGCACGGUGUGUGCUUGGGUACUAAGCAAUCUUGUUCAGUUUAAUUAUUGUACUUUUUAUUAAUAAAAAGAUUUUAAACU